AUAAAUAUAUCCCAACCGUCCAAUUUAUCUUCAGACUCCACAGCACUUUUCCUUUUACCGGUAAACAACUGUUCCAAGACGGAGAUAUGGACCGGCAACUUUUAUUUUUAUGCCUCAGCUGUGCUGUCAUCAGCCAGGCCUUAGGAUAUGGGUAUUACGAGCCACGUGUUGUCGUACCUACUGCGCCUAUAGCUGCUCACCGACAUCGUUUUGCCGGUUCUCUUUUACUAUCCAAAGCCAAAGCCUUCAUUAACUCCGAUGAUGCCACAUUCAGCAAAGGAUACGGCUAUGGUAAUGCAGCUCCUGCUUUCGGUCGUGGUUACGCAGCUCCCGCUUAUGGUCAUGGGUAUGCAGCUCCUGCCUACGGCUACGCAGCACCUGGUUACAGAUACGCCUAUUCCUCUCCAGCCGCAGGUUUGGCUGUGAAACACGGUUACGGACCCGGAUUUGCCAGUGCUGUAGAUGCCUACCCCAACAGAUAUUACAACGCCCUCCAGGCCUACAAAGCCAGACCCGCUGCUCAUCUGUUUGUAUCUCCAUAUGCUCCAGUACCAGUUAAUGGUGGAUAUCUCAAAUAUAAUUUCCUCAAUGAAAUCGCCCGCAAAGACGAUGAUUAUAGACGAUUUAAAGCUGCCGAAGCUGAUAAAGAAAGAUACAAUUACAUCCGAUACAGAAAAUCGCGUGAAGAAAAAAAUGAUAAAUUCGAAGAUUAUUUGAAACACGAGGAAGAAGAAGAAGAAGACCGACAAAGAAUUAAAGAAUUCAGAAAAUACAGUAAAAUCAACGAAUAUGUCGAGAAACGUGAAAAGAAGGCUGAAUUUAAUUCCCUAAUCGGUCAAGUUGACGAGAAACGACGAGAAUAUGUCUUCAACAUGGUUUACAACGUUAUGCAGUUCUGUAAAUGCCGAGACGCCAUUGUUGACCUUCACCGAUACUUCUCUGGACAGGAACGAGGCAACAAGAGAUUUGGAGCUGGCAAUGGCGGACAACAGACAAGCUAUAACAACAACGUAAACAACGAUGAUGACACCCAACUGUUUGGAGAAGGUGGAAUUAUUCCCAUUCCUCGAUCACCCGAAGAGGCUAAAAGAUGGUUUAUGAGAGGUCUUGUUAACACAAUCUGUGAUUCAUCCAAAUUCUACGUUGAGAAGGUAAAGACAUUAGCUGCCCAACAAGGAUUCUCCGCAACAUUCGAGGCACAAUUCGAUAACAUGGCCAACGGUCAGUUCCAAGGACAAGGUCAAGGCCAAAAUCAAGGUCAAGAUCAAGGAAGAAACUUCCAGCAAGGUGGUAAUUAUGGUAACCAGGACAACACCAACAACAACUACCAACAACAACAACAACAAUCUAAUAACUAUUAAAUAAAACAUAGAAGGACUGAGCAGAUUAUAACUAUCUGGAUGUUCUUCACACGUUAUUACCAUGAUAACGUAAUGGCGAUUGGUUGAUUAAAAGAAGAAAAUGUAUAAUUUUAUAUUUACUCUGAAUUAUCUGUUGAAGGAAAU